CGUCCGCUGCCGCUGCAUGUCCGCCUGGUGGCCCGUGGCUCCCAAACCGCUCUGAGCCUCCGCCUGCGGGCACGCGCGCACGGUCCCGGUUGCGGCGCCCGACCCCCGCGCGGUCGGGCUCCCGGCGCGGAGUUGCGUGCGCGGGCUGUGCUCACGGUGCCCGGCCCCGGCGCGUUGCUCUGCUUCCCGACCCCCGGAGGCGGCGGCGGGGACACGCUGCACUCGGCGCUCGCGGCCCUGACCACGUUCCCCGCCUGCAGCUGCCCGCCGCGCCUCCCGUCCCGUUGCCCACGCCGCCCUGUCUGCCUGCCGCCUGGUGGCUCGGCCCGCCUCCGCCUGCUAUGUGCCCUGCGGCGCGCGACCGGCACCAUCUGGGUGGAGCUGGAGCUGGAGGCGUCCUCGGGGACACCCUCGCCAUCGCUGUCGCCGUCGUCGCCAAGUCUGCCUGGGGCCAGGGCAGGGGCGGCGCGGCGGGCCCGGCGGGGCGCUGGCGGCAGCACUAGCCCGCAGUUCCAGCUGCCCAGCUACCAGGUGUCGGUGCCCGAGAACCAGCCGGCGGGCACGGAGGUCAUCGAGCUGCGCGCGCACGACCCUGACGAGGGGGAGGCGGGGCGCCUUAGCUACCAGAUGGAGGCGCUGUUCGACGAGCGCUCCAAUGGCUAUUUUCUCAUCGACUCUGACACAGGGUUGGUGAGCACCGCCCGUGCACUGGACCGCGAGACCAAGGACACGCAUGUUCUCAAGGUGAGCGCUGUGGACCACGGCUCGCCGCGGCGCUCGGCCGCCACCUACCUCACCGUCACAGUCAGCGACACCAACGACCACAGUCCUGUCUUCGAGCAGUCUGAGUACCGCGAGCGCGUGCGCGAGAACCUCGAAGUGGGCUACGAGGUGCUGACCAUUCGCGCCACCGACGGCGACGCGCCCUCCAAUGCCAAUAUGCGCUACCGCCUGCUGGAGGGUGCGGGCGGCGUUUUCGAGAUUGAUGAGCGCACAGGCGUGGUGCGCACCCGGGCAGUGGUGGACCGGGAAGAAGAGGCCGCCUACCAGCUGCUGGUGGAGGCCAACGACCAGGGCCGCAACCCAGGCCCUCUCAGUGCCACCGCCACCGUGCACAUCGUGGUGGAGGACGAGAACGACAACUACCCGCAGUUCAGCGAGAAGCGCUACGUGGUCCAGGUGCCCGAGGACGUGGCGGUCAACACGCCAGUGCUGCGAGUGCAGGCCACGGAUCGGGACCAGGGCCAGAACGCGGCCAUACACUAUAGUAUCAUCAGCGGGAACCUGAAGGGGCAGUUCUACCUGCAUUCGCUGAGCGGCAGCCUGGACGUGAUCAACCCGCUGGACUUCGAGGCCAUCCGGGAGUACACGCUGCGCAUCAAGGCCCAGGAUGGGGGCCGGCCUCCACUCAUCAAUUCCUCGGGGCUGGUCUCGGUGCAGGUGCUGGACGUGAACGACAACGCCCCCAUAUUCGUGAGCAGCCCCUUUCAGGCAGCCGUGCUGGAGAACGUGCCUCUGGGCUACUCGGUGCUGCACAUUCAGGCGGUGGACGCAGAUGCAGGUGAGAAUGCGCGUCUGCGCUACCGCCUGGUGGACACUGCCUCAGCCUCCGUGGGAAGUGGUAGUGCAGGUUCCCAAGACCCCGGCCCGGCUGCGGACUUCCCUUUCCAGAUCCACAACAGCUCGGGCUGGAUCACCGUGUGCGCGGAGCUGGACCGCGAGGAGGUGGAGCAGUACAGCUUCGGGGUGGAGGCGGUGGACCACGGCUCUCCGCCCAUGAGUUCCUCGGCCAGCGUGUCCAUCACGGUGCUGGACGUGAAUGACAAUGACCCCAUGUUCACGCAGCCCGUAUACGAGCUGCGUCUGAACGAGGACGCAGCCGUGGGGAGCAGCGUGCUGACCCUGCGGGCCCUCGACCGGGAUGCUAACAGUGUGAUCACCUACCAACUCACUGGCGGCAACACCCGGAACCGCUUCGCCCUCAGCAGCCAGAGCGGCGGCGGCCUCAUCACCCUGGCGCUGCCGCUGGACUACAAGCAGGAGCGGCAGUACGUGCUGGCGGUAACCGCAUCGGAUGGCAUGCGCUCGCACACUGCGCAAGUCUUCAUCAACGUCACGGAUGCCAACACCCACCGGCCGGUCUUCCAGAGCUCCCACUAUACGGUGAGCGUCAGCGAGGACCGGCCGGUGGGCACCUCCAUCGCCACCAUCAGUGCCACCGACGAGGACACGGGGGAGAACGCACGCAUCACCUAUGUGCUGGAGGACCCUGUGCCACAGUUCCGCAUCGACCCGGACUCCGGCACCAUCUACACCAUGACAGAGCUGGACUAUGAGGACCAGGCCGCCUACACGCUGGCCAUCACUGCUCGGGACAAUGGCAUCCCUCAGAAGUCUGACACCACCUCCCUGGAGAUCCUCAUCCUAGACGCCAACGACAAUGCACCUCGGUUCCUGCGGGAUUUCUACCAGGGUUCCGUCUUCGAGGAUGCUCCCCCGUCAACCAGCGUCCUCCAGGUCUCAGCCACGGAUCGGGACUCAGGCCCCAAUGGCCGCCUGCUGUAUACCUUCCAGGGUGGGGACGAUGGCGAUGGGGACUUCUACAUUGAGCCCACGUCCGGCGUGAUCCGCACCCAGCGCCGGCUGGACCGAGAGAACGUGGCCGUGUACAACCUUCGGGCCCUGGCUGUGGACCGGGGUAGCCCGGUGACCCUCAGUGCCUCGGUGGAAAUCCAGGUGACCGUCUUGGACAUCAAUGACAACCCUCCAGUGUUUGAGAGGGACGAGCUGGAGCUGUUUGUGGAGGAGAACAGCCCGGUGGGGUCUGUGGUGGCCAAGAUUCGAGCCAGCGACCCCGACGAAGGCCCCAACGCCCAGAUCAUGUAUCAGAUUGUGGAAGGCAACGCACCUGAGGUCUUCCAGCUGGACUUGCUGAGUGGGGACCUGCGUGCCCUGGUCGAGCUGGACUUUGAGGUCCGGCAGGAGUACGUGCUGGUGGUGCAGGCCACGUCGGCCCCCCUGGUGAGCCGGGCCACAGUGCGCGUCCGCCUCCUGGACCAGAACGACAACCCGCCCGUGCUGCCGGACUUCCAGAUCCUCUUCAACAACUAUGUCACCAAUAAGUCCAACAGCUUUCCCACCGGCGUCAUCGGCCGCAUCCCGGCCCAUGAUCCUGACCUCUCCGACAGCCUCAACUACACCUUCCUGCAGGGCAACGAGCUCCAGCUGCUGCUGCUGGACCCCGCCACGGGCGAGCUGCAGCUCAGCCGUGACCUGGACAACAACCGGCCGCUGGAGGCGCUGAUGGAGGUGUCUGUUUCUGACGGCAUCCACAGCGUCGUGGCGCUCUGCACCCUGCGGGUGACCAUCAUCACGGACGACAUGCUGACCAACAGCAUCACCGUCCGCCUGGAGAACAUGUCGCAGGAGCAGUUCCUCUCCCCGCUGCUGUCCCUCUUUGUGGAAGGUGUGGCCACGGUGCUGUCCACCACCAAGGACGCCGUCUUCAUCUUCAACAUCCAGAAUGACACGGACGUCAGCUCCAACAUCCUGAACGUGACCUUCUCGGCCUUGCUCCCGGGUGGCGUCCAGGACAAGUUUUUCCCCUCGGAGGACCUGCAGGAGCAGAUCUACCUGAACCGGACGCUGCUGACGGCCGUGUCCGCCCAGCGCGUGCUGCCCUUCGACGACAACAUCUGCCUGCGGGAGCCGUGCGAGAACUACAUGAAGUGCGUGUCGGUGCUCAAGUUCGACAGCUCGGCCCCCUUCAUCAGCUCCCCGACCGUCCUCUUCCGGCCCAUCCACCCCGUCAACGGCCUGCGGUGCCGGUGCCCGCCCGGCUUCACCGGCGACUACUGCGAGACCGAGAUCGACCUGUGCUACUCCAGCCCCUGCGGCGCCAACGGCCGGUGCCGCAGCCGCGAGGGCGGCUACACCUGCGAGUGCCAGGAGGACUUCACCGGCGAGCACUGUGAGGUGAAUGUGCGCUCCGGCCGCUGCGCCCACGGCGUGUGCAAGAACGGGGGCACCUGCGUGAACCUGCUCAUCGGCGGCUUCCACUGCGUGUGCCCCCCCGGCGAGUUCGAGAGGCCGUACUGCGAGGUGACCACCAGGAGCUUCCCGCCACAGUCCUUCGUCACCUUCCGCGGCCUGAGACAACGCUUUCACUUCACCGUCGCCCUCGCGUUUGCCACCCAGGAGAGGAACGCCCUGCUGCUCUACAAUGGCCGUUUCAACGAGAAGCACGACUUUAUCGCCUUGGAGAUCGUGGACGAGCAGGUGCAGCUCACCUUCUCAGCAGGUGAGACCACGACGACAGUGUCCCCGCAGGUUCCCGGGGGCGUGAGUGAUGGGCGGUGGCACUCGGUGCAGGUGCAGUAUUACAACAAGCCCCACAUCGGCCGCCUGGGCCUGCCCCACGGGCCGUCCGGAGAGAAGGUGGCGGUGGUGACCGUGGAUGACUGUGACACGGCCGUGGCCGUGCGCUUUGGCAGCUUUGUCGGCAACUACAGCUGUGCAGCCCAGGGCACUCAGAGCGGCUCCAAGAAGUCCCUGGAUCUGACGGGCCCUCUGCUCCUGGGGGGCGUCCCCAACCUGCCCGAGGACUUCCCCGUGCACAACCGGCAGUUUGUGGGCUGCAUGCGGAACCUGUCCAUUGACGGCAGGAAGGUGGACAUGGCCAGCUUCAUUGCCAACAAUGGCACCAGGGCAGGCUGCACUGCCCAGAGGAACUUCUGCGAGGGGAGCUGGUGUCAGAACGGGGGCACCUGUGUCAGCGGCUGGAACACGUAUGUCUGUGAGUGCCCGCUCCGCUUUGGCGGGAAGAACUGUGAGCAAGUCAUGCCCCACCCCCAGCGCUUCAGCGGGGAGAGUGUCGUGUCCUGGAGCGACCUGGACGUCACCAUCUCCGUUCCCUGGUACCUGGGGCUCAUGUUCCGGACCAGAAAGGAGGACGGCGUGCUGCUGGAGGCCACGGCGGGCGUGUCCUCCAGGCUCCAUCUCCAGAUCCUGAACAACUAUGUCCAGUUUGAGGUGUCCCACGGCCCCUCUGAUGUGGUGUCCAUGCGACUGUCCAGGUCACGCGUGACCGAUGGGGCGUGGCACCACCUGUUGGUAGAACUGAAGAGCGCCAAGGAGGGCAAAGACAUCAAGUACCUGGCAGUCAUGACCUUGGACUAUGGCAUGGACCAGGAGACGGUGCAGAUCGGAAACCAGCUUCCCGGGCUGAGAAUGAGGAGCAUCAUCGUGGGUGGCGUGUCUGAAGACAAGGUCUCCGUGCGCCGUGGUUUCCGGGGCUGCAUGAAGGGAGUGAGGAUGGGGGAGACGGCCACCAACAUCGCCACGCUGAACAUGAAUGACGCCCUGAAGGUCAGGGUGCAGGACGGCUGUGACGUGGAGGACCCGUGCUCCUCCAGCCCCUGCCCGCAGCACAGCCGCUGCCACAACACCUGGGACGGCUACUCCUGCGUCUGCGACAGAGGGUACUUCGGGAGGAAGUGCGUGGACGCAUGUCACGUGAACCCCUGCAAGCACGUCGCGGCCUGCGUGCACAGCCCCGAGUCCCCGCGGGGCUACGUGUGCGAGUGCGGGUCCGGCCACUACGGGCAGUACUGCGAGAACAAGAUCGACCUUCCGUGCCCCAAAGGCUGGUGGGGGAACCCCGUGUGUGGACCCUGCCACUGUGCCGUUAACAAAGGCUUCGACCCCGACUGCAACAAGACCAACGGACAGUGUCAGUGCAAGGAGAACUACUACCGGCCCCCGGAGCAGGACGCCUGCCUGCCGUGCGACUGCUUCCCGCACGGCUCCCACAGCCGCGCCUGCGACAUGGACUCCGGCCAGUGCACCUGCAAGCCCGGUGUCGUCGGCCGCCAGUGCAAUCGCUGCGACAACCCUUUCGCCGAGGUCACGGUCCUUGGCUGUGAAGUGAUCUACAACGGGUGUCCCAGGGCAUUUGAGGCUGGCAUUUGGUGGCCGCAGACCAAGUUCGGGCAGCCGGCCGCGGUGCCGUGCCCCAAAGGGUCAGUGGGAAACGCUGUCCGGCACUGCAGCGGGGAGAAGGGCUGGCUGCCCCCGGAGCUCUUUAACUGCACUACCGCCUCCUUUGUGGACCUCAAAGCCCUGAACGAGAAGCUGAGCCGGAACGAGACGCGGAUGGACGGCGACCGGUCCCUGCGGCUGGCCCAGGCGCUGCGCAAUGCCACGCAGCAGCCAGACACACUCUUCGGCAGCGACGUGCGGACGGCCUACCAGCUGCUGGCCCACAUCCUGCUGCACGAGAGCGGCCAGCAGGGCUUCGAGCUGGCGGCCACGCGGGAUGCCACCUUCCAUGAGGACGUCAUCCGCGCGGGCAGCGCGCUCCUGGCCCCGAGCACCAGGGCCGCGUGGGAGCAGAUUCAGCGGAGUGAGGGGGGCACCGCGCGCCUGCUGAGGCGCUUCGAGGCCUAUCUCAGCAACGUGGCCCGCAACCUGCGGAAGACCUACCUGAGGCCUUUUGUCAUUGUCACCUCCAACAUGAUUCUCGCUGUCGACGUCUUCAACAAGUUCAACUUCACUGGAGCCAGGGUGCCGCGGUUCGAGGACCUUCGGGGCAAGUUCCCGAAAGACCUGGAGUCCUCGGUCUUCUUCUCGGCGGACUUCUUCAAACCACCCGAGAGAAAAGAGGGCCCCACGGUGAGACCAGCCGGUCGCAAGGCCACCCCACAGACGACACGCCCGCGGCCCAGCGCCCAGACUGAGGCCCCUUUCAGGAGGCGGAAGAGGCACCCCGACGAGCCUGGCCAGUUCGCUGUCGCCCUGGUCAUCGUCUACCGGACCCUGGGGCAGCUCCUGCCGGAGCACUAUGACCCCGACCGCCGCAGCCUCAGACUGCCUAACCGGCCCGUCAUUAACACGCCGGUGGUGAGCGCGGUGGUGUACAGCGAGGGGGCCCCGCUGCCCAGCCCCCUGCAGCGGCCCGUCCUGGUGGAGCACACCCUCCUGGAGGCCGAGGAGCGCACCAAGCCCGUCUGUGUGUUCUGGAACCACUCCAUCACCCUCGGUGGGACUGGAGGGUGGUCGGCCAAGGGCUGUGAGCUGCUGUCCCGAAACCGGACCCACGUCACCUGCCAGUGCAGCCACGCGACCAGCUCAGCCGUGCUGAUGGACGUCUCCCGGCGCGAGCACGGAGAGGUCCUGCCCCUGAAGAUCGUCACCUACGCGGCCGUGGCCUUGUCCCUGGCUGCCCUGCUGGUGGCCUUCGUGCUCCUGGCCCUGGUGCGGAGGCUGCGCUCCAACCUGCACGGCAUCCACAAGAACCUCAUUGUGGCGCUUUUCUUCUCCCAGCUGGUCUUCGUGAUUGGAAUUGACCAGACGGAAAACCCGUUCCUGUGCACGGUGAUCGCCAUCCUCCUGCACUACGUCUACAUGAGCACCUUCGCCUGGACCUUCGUGGAGAGCCUGCACGUCUACCGCAUGCUGACCGAGGUGCGCAACAUCGACGCAGGGCCCAUGAGGUUCUACUACGUCGUGGGCUGGGGCAUCCCAGCCAUUGUCACAGGACUCGCGGUGGGCCUGGACCCCCAGGGCUACGGAAACCCAGACUUCUGCUGGCUGUCUCUUCACGACACCCUGAUCUGGAGCUUCGCAGGGCCCAUCGGAACAGUUGUAAUUGUCAACACAGUCAUUUUUGUCCUGUCUGCAAAGGUUUCCUGCCAAAGGAAGCGCCAUUAUUAUGAAAGAAAACGGGUUGUCUCCCUGCUGCGGACGGCCUUUCUCCUGCUGCUGCUCAUCGGCGCCACCUGGCUGCUGGGGCUGCUGGCCGUGAACAGCGACGUGCUCACCUUCCACUACCUCUUCGCCAUCUUCAGCUGCUUACAGGGCCUCGCCGUCCUCUUGCUCCACUGCGUGCUCAGCAGGGAGGUCCGGAAGCACCUGAAGGGCGUGCUUGCUGGGAAGAAGUCGUACCUGGAUGACUCGGCCACCACAAGGGCCACCCUGCUGACGCGCUCCCUCAACUGCAACAACACGUACGGCGAGGAGCCCGCCAUGUUCCGCACAGCACUGGGCGAGUCCACCGCCUCCCUGGACAGCACCGUCAGGGACGAAGGGGGCCAGAAACUCAGCGUGUCCUCUGGGCCAGCGCGGGGCGGCCACGGGGAGCCAGAUUCGGCCUUUGUCCCCAGGAGCAGCAAGAAGCCCCACGGCCACGAUUCAGACUCGGAUAGUGAGCUGUCCCUGGAUGAGCAGAGCAGCUCGUACGCCUCCUCACACUCGUCUGACAGUGAGGACGACGGGGCAGAGGCUGAGGACAAGUGGGACCCAGCCCGGGGCCCCAUCCACAGCACCCCCAAAGUGGACGCUGCGGCCAACCACAUCCCGGCUGGCUGGCCCGAAGAGACCCUGGCUGGGAGCGACAGUGAGGAGCCGGGUGAGCAGCCGUGCCUGAAGGUGGAGACCAAGGUCAGCGUGGAGCUGCACCUGGACCCGCAGGGCAACCACUGCAGCGAGCGUGUUCCCGAGCGGGAGAGUGGGGGCCCACCCAAGGCCACAGGCGUGCCGCCCAGCCAGCCCCCCGAGCAAAGAAAAGGGAUCUUGAAAAACAAAGUCACCUACCCGCCACCACUGACAGAGAAGACACUGAAGUCCCGGCUCCGGGAGAAGCUGGCCGAAUGUGAGCAGAGCCCCGCAUCCUCGAGGUCAUCCUCGCUGGGCUCCAGCGACGGGAUCCGUGCCCCCGACAGCACCAUCACCAUCAAGACGCCAUGCCGGGAGCCGGGGCGCGAGCACCUCAACGGGGUGGCCAUGAACGUGCGGGCUGGGAGCGCCCAGGCCCACGGCUCCGGCUCUGAAGGCAGUAAUGAAACUUCAAUCUGAACCGUCAGGAAACCGUGAGACAAGCACGUCACCUCCACCCAGGCCUCUGUGCUGCUGUCAAGCCCUUGGACUUAGGAGCCUGAGGGGCCCCUGCCCUUUCAGUGAAGCAGGCUCUGGUGGCGUGGGCUCCCACCGUGGCAGCCUCAUGACUGGCGUGACUGAAGGUCCAGACACGAAGCCCUGAGUGGCCCCAGGGCCCAGGGCCCACUAGGCCCCAUGACAGGUGUCAAAGGCCAUGGGAGGCGUGGACUCGCAAGCCAGCACAGCUCAAUCCUCAGACUGCAGACAGAGCCAGAACUGCACGCUGUCCUGGCUGGGACAGGGCCCAGCGGGGACAGGACCCAGCACAAGAGCGGCCUUGAGAGGAAGCGCCAGGCCGGCUUGCCAGGACCCAGGGCCGCGGGCACAGACCGGAGACGGAGGUCCACUGCCUGUGCAGGCACCUCACUGCAUGCAGACCCGGGGCCGGCAGCUCCAACUCUGCAAAGGCGGCCCUUGUCUGAAAGCAAAUCCCCUUCCUUUGUUGAAAAGCUGUAGAUACUUUUGUAUAUUUGUAUGGAACUUUGAAAAGGCGAAAAGCUCUGUAUAUUUUGCGUUUGUACUGACUCUGCUGAUCCUGGGAGAUCCGUGGGCUGAUCGCUCGCUAUUUUUUAUACGAGGAAGCUUGCACAGUUGGCCUUGAGUCUGGCCCGCAUUAACGCAACUGGUGUCCAGCAGCUGAGAGGCGGGAAAUGCACAGGGCUGAGUGAGGUUGAAACUAAGUCGCUGGACAGAGGCUCCUGUGCCACUGAGCCAGGAGCCCGUGGGCACCACGUGUGGCUGUCUGAAGCACAGCCCAUUUGCUUCAGAGAUGCUUAGCCUCUGCUCCCGUCUGCCUGGCGGGUGUGCUCCGAGACAGGCGGUCUGGGACCGGGCAGGACUCACGGAGCUCUGCUGCGGUCAGCGCAGGACGCAGGUGCACACGGCCGCCGCCGCCGUCCCAACACCCCCGCCCCCCCCCCCAGCGGGCCUCACUCUGGGCCCUGCAGGGCCGCCUGGCCCCCUUCCCGGUCGGUGGUCCUGCAGGUGGGGAGUUCCGUUGUGCCGCUGCGCCUGUUCGCGGUAGGGUUUUACAGUGUUCACACGUUCCCGAUUCAGACGGAGGUAUGAGGUCUUCCAGGAUGUCACGUUCCUUCCUGCCAAUUUUCUAGCUCUUUGAGACUCUGGGGAUCUCCAGGCAGGCGGGGGUCCCACCUCCAGAAUCUGACCAAUUACUUCAUUUUGCUUCAAAUGGCCAAUUGUGUGAAGGGACAAAGCCACAGCCACGCUGUUCAAUGGUUACCAAGCUGUUUUUUGGAAACUCACACCAAGGACCGGCUGUGACCGUCCCUCUGUGGGCAGUUGGCACAGUGUGGCCUGAGGGGCUGUGGAGCGGGGCCCAGAGUUAUUCAGACACGUUUUAGUUUCAGUGUUUCUUUCGUUCUUCAGUCAGGCACCCAAAUAAAUUGCCAGCACAGCUGCUUCCAAAUAUGAGAAACUAUAAGUCAGGAUGGGAACCAAGCAACGUGCAAAGAUUCCACACCGUGCUUUCUGAUGCAGGUGCGCGUGCUGCCAGGGACUGAGGGCGCUGCCUCACGACGCUGGUCUAAGGCCACACGCUUCGCACACACGAAAUGGGAUCCCAGAGCCCUCGCACCUGAAUGAAUUAUAAAUGUGCCUUAGCAGGUGACCGGCCUUUUGAAAAUACAAAGUAAUAGUGCCUUCCAGGGUUUACCGCUGAGGAGACGCUUUCUAAGUUGGGAGGUGGUCAUCUCUUUGAGUCUUUGACCCCUCCACAUUCGUAUCA